UGAUAAAGCAUUGCUUUCAGUUCAGCAGCGAUCUUUAUUAACUAACUUUUGUUUGGGAUGGUUAAUGUUUACCACAGAUUAACUCUCUGCUUCACAAUGUACACGUACCUUGUCAAGGCGCAACGUUGCGGAUUAUAUCGUCCAAUUUGUAAUCCCAAAUACACAUGUUGUGGGUUCGGCGCUCACGCCUAUUGUGCUACUGCUCCAUGUUACUCACACUCAUUUUCAAAAGCAUUUACACUGGGGUCUGGCACUAUAGUUGGGGUAUCUGUUGCAGCUGCAUUGAUGUUGCUUGGUAGCAUUGUAACAUGCGUUUACUGCUUGUGUUGGAUGAAACGACCGAACAGACGUCAAACCGCGGUUGAUCCAAAUGUGUCCACAACGCUCCCACAUUCAGACUAUUAUUCAAAUCAAGCAUACGACAUCGAAAGCACUGUUUAUCCUGACUACCCUCCUCCGGAGUAUGCUACUUUGCAUGUAAAUGGGAAAGAGCUCCCGUUACAACCACCGGCAUAUACGGCAUGCGCAUCUCAGUCCUCAACAAGCUUAAGUAAUGUUACUGCUCGCGAACAGCCAUAAGCUUGUGGUACACCUUAAAAAGUAUGUCCUCGUUUCCUAUUUGCUUGGGAAAGAUGAACGUUGUAUGAGAACUAUUUAUAGUUUAACAACUGGACGUUGUUGGGUUAUCGUCAAGUGGGUCCCACCAGAAUGAACCGUUAACGAGGCAUCGGACCAAAGAGUUUAAGUUUGGUUUAUGUCUUGGGUAUAGGCGUAGCGUACGACUACUGGAACUUUUCGACGAAUAUUGAACGUUCACGUCGAAAACUUCUGCCAUUGUAAUAAAAUUAAAAGCCCG